GCUGAUACAGGAAACACUCGAGCAGGUCCAGCCGUUGCAAACUGUGUUGACCGACCCCAGCGGCUGAUCCCAGUCUGAUUCAGGGCCACCAUGUCUCGUGCCCGUCAGCCCCCGCUGGUCACGGGCAUCUCGCCCAAGGAGGGUGCGGCCUGGACCAAAGUCACCAUCCGUGGAGAAAACCUGGGCACGGGCCCAGCUGACCUCAUUGGUCUGUCAAUCUGUGGCCACAACUGCCUGCUGACAGCCGAGUGGAUGUCGGCCAGCAAGAUAGUGUGCCGCGUGGGCCCCGCCAAAGACGACAAGGGAGAGAUCAUCGUCACCACCAAGUCCGGAGGUCUCGGCACCUCCACGGUCUCGUUCAAACUGCUCAGGCCGGAGAGGAUUGGUAUCCUGGACCAGUCUGCUGUGUGGGUGGAUGAGAUGAACUACUACGACAUGAGGACCGACCGCAACAAAGGCAUCUCCCCCCUCUCCCUGAGACCCAGCAAUCCACUGGGCAUCGACGUAGACAAAGGUAAAAUCCCACAGAAAGACAUGGAGCUGACCUUUCCAGGGAUGAGUGGAGACUUCACCAGUGAGAACUUCUCGGCCACCUGGUACCUCAUCGACAACCACGCAGGCAGCAGUUUCGAGCACUUGAAGAUGGCGGCCAGUAAUCUGAAGAAGCAGGCUACUAAGAAGAAUGAAGGGAGUCUGGCCUACGUGAAAGGAGGCCUCAGUACGUUCUUUGAGGCUCAGGAUGCUCUGGCAGCCAUCCACCAGAAGCUGGAGUCAGAUGGUACAGAGAGAGUGGAGGGAUCAAUGACCCAACGACUGGAAAACAUCCUCAACAAGGCGAGCGAUACUGCAGAUACUCUUUUCCAGGAGGUCUUGGGGAGGAAAGACAAGGCCGACUCCACACGCAAUGCACUCAACGUCCUGCAACGUUUCAAGUUUCUCUUCAACCUGCCACUCAACAUUGAACGUAAUAUCCAGAAGGGAGAUUAUGAUGUGGUGAUCAAUGACUACGAGAAAGCUAAAUCUCUUUUCGGCAAUACUGAGGUCCCGGUUUUCAAAAAAGUGUACGCUGAGGUUGAGACGAGGAUCAGGGCUCUUAGGAGUCUUUUAUUGGAGAAGCUGCUGGAGACUCCAUCAACACUGCACGACCAGAAGAGAUACAUCAGGUACCUCUCUGACCUGCAUGCCCCAGGCGACCCAGCAUGGCAGUGCAUCUACGCUCAGCACAAGUGGAUUCUGCAGCUCAUGCAAAACUGCAGAGAUGAGUUCAUCAGUGGCCAGAGAGUGGGUGUCGGAGCUCUGGAUCCGGAGGGGGAUACCCGUCCGUCGGCCCUGGGCAGGCUCAGCCACACUGCGUCUCUGAAGAGAGGGGGCAGCCUGCGAACGCCAAGACCCAGCAUGUGUCGCUUCGAGACUCCGCAGCAGGUGCAGUUUGUGGAGAAGCUGUCGGACGUGGUGAUUGGUCAGCUGCCUAACUUCUGGAAGCUUUGGAUCUCUUACGUUAACGGGAGUCUUUUUAGCGAGACUGGUGAGAAAUCUGGACAGGUGGAAAAAUCCAAGAAGAACGCCAGACAGAGACAGAAUGACUUCAAAAAAAUGAUCGAGGAAUUGACUAAUCGGCUGGUUAAGCUGGUUCGGGGAGCCCUUCUCCCCUCCACUCUGUCACAGGGGGAGCUGAACUGUUACGGAGGCUGGGAGAACAAGACGGAGCUCACCGGAGCCUGGCUCACACAAAUCAUUCACAUUGUCAGAGGUUGCCACGAGGCGCUGUCCGCCCUCGAGAUCCCAAAUGAUUUGCUGCAGGUGCUCCAGGAUCUGCUGCUGGACUUGAGAGUCCAGUGCCUCAUCGUGACUCUGCUGCACACUGCAGAAGAUGUCAAGAGGCUCGCUGAGAAAGAGGACUGGGUUGUAGAUAAUGAAGGCAUCACUAGUCUGCCGUCGCAGUUUGAACAGUGCAUGAUCCAGAUGCUGCAGUCCCUCAAAGAACCUCUGGACACCAAACCGGGAGAGAUCAAUGUGCUGCAGCUGGACCAAGUCCAGGACCAAGCCUCCGAGCUCAGUGUGAGCAUCAUGAAGGUUUUCAUCCACUGCUUGGAGCAGCUGAGCACUAAGAAAGAUGGAGAUAUGAAUUCAUCUCACAAUAUUUCAGUGGAUUUGUCAUCUCCGGAUCGUUUUACCAGCAUUCAAGAGGGCUUCAGUCCAACAUCUGAGCAACGUCUGCUGAUCAUCCUCAGUAACUGCCAGUAUCUGGAGAGACGCACCUUCUUGAACCUGGCUCAUUACUUUGAGAAACACGGACUCACAGGAACCGAGAAGAUCACACGGGUGAGUGUGGACGCUGUGAGGGAGCUGGACAGGAAUCUAUUUGAGGCCUACAUCGAGAGGCGUGCCGAUCCCAUCGCUGGUUCUCUGGAGCCGGGCAUCUACGCCGGAUACUUUGACUGGAGAGACUGCCAAACACCUUCAGGUGUCAGGAACUACCUAAAGGAAGCGCUGGUCAACAUCAUCACAGUUCACGCUGAGGUCUUCACAGUCUCUAAGGAUCUGGUUCCUCGGGUUUUGUCUAAAAUUGUCGAGUCAGUAGCGGACGAGAUGUGCCGCCUUAUGCAGUGCGUCUCCUCCUUCAGCAAAAACGGAGCCCUGCAGGCACGACUUGAACUCUGUGCUCUGAGAGAUGCCAUAGCCACAUACCUAAACGCUGAAAGCAAUGCCAGCUUCAAACUGGCUUUAGACGCCCUGCCUCAGUUGCACAACGGAGCUGAUAAGAAGUUGCUGGAGGAGCAGCUGAAUAAGUUUAAGAGCAGCAUGCAGCUACAGCUCACCUGCUUCCAGGCCUCCUCUGUCCAGCCAGUGAAGAGAUAAACCCCCUUUCUGCGCUGUCAUACUUCCUUAUCCGUCUGCGAAUCGACUCCUAUCUUUUUCAGUUAUCACUUUAUUGUUUACUCAUCACUAUAUUCGGUGUCACUUUCAAUUUCUGCUUCACUAGGCUCAACAUGCAUGUCUGAUUGUCUAAUCUUGUAACACACUAAAUGAGUCGAUUUCAUUGUUACUGUGCAGGACAGUCCCAUUCAUUUGGGUUAUGCUAAUUUUGCACAUGCACCAAUUGUUAAACAGAGAGCAUGCAAGUUAGGUGGCUUUGAGGACGCUGUUGGGUCACCACUGGUUUUAUAAGACCAUCACCAGUUACAAGCUAGAAUCUCCAACGUCUCUAUUAGUACUAACCCUAAACUAUGUGUCCGGAUCACGCCUUGUACUGUGCCAUCUUAAUCACUCAAUAAAAUUAGGUGAAGUACUCUUAAAUUAAAUGUGAUGUUUUCA